CUCAAACUCCUCAAGUGAUCUGCCCACCUCAGCCUCCUAAAGUGCUAGGAUUACAGGCGUGAGCCACCCUGCCUGGCCUCAGCAUCCCGUUUCCUUUUGCAGCUGUCACAAAUUACCACAAGCUUAGUGGCUUAAGACAACCAAAUUGUGUUAACUUCUGGAGGUCAGAGGUUGGAAAUGGGUCUGGCUGGGCUAAAAUUGGGUGCUGGCAAGGCUGUGCUCCUUUCUGAGGCUCCAGGGAACUCGUUUCCUUGCCUUCUCCAGCCUCUGCAGGCCACCUGCAUUCCUUGACUCACGGCCCCUUCCUACAUCUUCAAAGCCAGCAGUGACCAGCGGAGUCAUUCUCAUGCCAUGCCCUUCUGCCACUCCGUCUCCUGCUUCCUUCCUCCACAAAUAAGGACCCUGUUGAUUACACUGGACCCGCCCAGAUCAUCCAAGAUAAUUUCCCAUGUCAGGUCAGCUGAUUAGCAACCUUAAUUCCAUCUGUAACUUUCAUUCCUCCUUGCCAUGCAGUCUAACAUAUUCACGGUUUCCAGGGAUUAGGACGAGGACAUGGGCAUCUAGGGGAAUGUGGGGACAAUUUUCUGCCUACCAUAUGCCCUGCACUGAGCCCUCUGGCCUGAUGUGAUGCAGCUUCAAUGGGGGUGUGGAUGCUGGGCACACGUGAGGCCCCUGACUCUGGCUUCAACAUAGCUCUGCUACCCUGGCCCUCCUGCCCUUGCCAGCCUAGCCAGGUCAAAGCUACCAGGUGAUGCCCUCACCUGCCGCAAACACACACCCAUCAGCUCAGCAUUGAUGGUCUGGCACCAUCCUUGGGAGACACCCAUCUCCGCCAUCUCCCCUGGAUCUCACCAGCAUCCUCUUCUGUCCAUUGUCCCACAGCCAGGAACAGCUUCCUCUGACUCAGCUCACCAUAGCGCCACCUAUCCGUCGCCUCGGUAAAUGGCACCUCUGGAAUCAUGAUUCUUCUCUUUCCCCCUCCCCCAGGCCCCAUUCCUCAGCCAGUCCUGAGUUCUCUUCCCCCAAAGUUCACCCCAAAUCCCUCGUGUUCUCCAAAACUCCACCGGUGCAAACCAUCGUCAGCUCCAGAAUGACUGAAGUAGCCUCCAGCCUGGGCUCCCCAGCCCACGCACUGUCCACUGACCUGGCAGGCGCGCAUGGACUCCCUGUCCCCUGCGGAAUAAGCCCCAGCUCCUUAUUGUCGGCCCCUGGGCCCUGCUGCACCUGCCCCUGCCCCCCUCUACUCCUACCUUCCCCUUGCUCUGUGCUUGGCCUUCUCCUUGGUCUUCCAUCAUCCCAGCCUACCCCCAAGUCAGGGAGCAAACUCUUGCCAUUCCCUCUGCCAGGCCCUCAGAGGGCUGGACCCACCCAUGUGGCUCAGCCCCAUGUCCCCUCCUCCAAGAAGCCCUCCUCACCCCUCCAGCUAAUGUUGCCCUGCAUCCCACAGUAGUCACUCUCCAUCUCUCACCUGCCCUGUCAACAACACUGCAGCCUGAAAUGACUUGUAUGCUCAUUUGGAAAGGUCUCCCCCACUAGAAGGUCACCUCUGUGAGGACAGGGGCUGGGUCUUUUUCUCUGCCGUGUCUCCAGAUCUAACACAGAGCAUGGCACGAGGUGAGUGUUCAGUAACUAUUGAACAAAUGAACAAAAAAAUGAAUGAAUGAACUACCUCCCCCAUUGCAGCCUCUGCCUCAAACAGCUUCCUCUCCCCGAGCAUCCGUAGACCCUCAGAGGCAAGAUCGCUAAAACCCACCAUGCUGUAGAACCAACAGAACUAACACCACGGAGAAACAAAAAAAUUUCUUUGAAGGUAUCAGACCAGGUGAAAAGCAGCAUUAUUUUUCAGAAACCCAGGCUUCUGAAACAGGGCCUGUUUGAUUUAUGAACUUUAGGGUAGGGUCUAGGGUGCUGAGCCGUCCACCGCACAUCAGCUUGGGAUCUGCAAGACCAAGGUCAUGGAAAAAUAUGCCUGUUCUUCCUUUAGCAAGUUCCUGCCUUAGCAUCUCCCCAGGGGACUCUGGCUUUGAGAACAAGGUCCUUAGCAUGUUGAUUACCCUCUGAGUGGCAUCAGCCUCUCCAUACUCCCCACACUGCUGAGACAGGAUCACUUUCCACACAGGAAACUCACAUGGGGGCAGGGCGUGAAGAAAAGAAAUCUCUAAUUGGGGGAGUUUUCUGCUGGAGGGAAUGCUGGGAGGGUUGAAACGAAAUUCUUAAAAAGAGGUGAUUACAGCUGUGGGGAUUCACAAGAGCCCUCUGGGGCUUAUGCGAGGCAUUUUCCCUUUACCUCCAUCACCAUUCUUGCCAAACAGUGUCACUUUUUCUCUUGUCUGUGGUAGCAAAGAUGAAACAGCAGAGCUGAAAAGAGAGAUCACCAAGGAAAGUGCCUGAAAGGGAUUAUUCCCACGCCUCCGAGGGAUCCUGGCAGGCUAUGCCUGAGGACAUGGGUUCCAAUUUUAGGGAGCAGGCUGCCUAAGGAAGGAGCCAGGCUUGCACACAGACAGUUCUAGAGCUGGUGGCCCGAGAGGGAUGUGAAGGCCCAAAAUGACCCUCUUACCGGGAGACAAUUCUGACUACGACUACAGCGCGCUGAGCUGCACCUCGGACGCCUCCUUCCACCCUGCCUUCCUCCCGCAGCGCCAGGCCAUCAAGGGCGCGUUCUACCGCCGGGCGCAGCGGCUGCGGCCGCAGGACGAGCCCCGCCAGGGCGGCCAGCCCGAGGACCGCCGCCGUCGGAUCAUCAUCAACGUGGGCGGCAUCAAGUACUCGCUGCCCUGGACCACGCUGGACGAGUUCCCGCUGACGCGCCUGGGCCAGCUCAAGGCCUGCACCAACUUCGACGACAUCCUCAACGUGUGCGAUGACUACGACGUCACCUGCAACGAGUUCUUCUUCGACCGCAACCCAGGGGCCUUCGGCACCAUCCUGACCUUCCUGCGCGCGGGCAAGCUGCGGCUGCUGCGUGAGAUGUGCGCGCUGUCCUUCCAGGAGGAGCUGCUGUACUGGGGCAUCGCGGAGGACCAGCUGGACGGCUGCUGCAAGCGCCGCUACCUGCAGAAGAUCGAGGAGUUCGCAGAGAUGGUGGAGCGGGAGGAGGAGGACGACGCGCUGGCCAGCGAGGGCCGCGACAGCGAGGGCCCAGCCGAGGGCGAGGGCCGCCUGGGGUGCUGCAUGCGGCGACUGCGCGACAUGGUGGAGAGGCCGCACUCGGGGCUGCCGGGCAAGGUGUUCGCCUGCCUGUCGGUGCUCUUCGUGACCGUCACCGCCGUCAACCUCUCUGUCAGCACCUUGCCCAGCCUGAGGGAGGAGGAGGAGCAGGGCCACUGUUCCCAGAUGUGCCACAACGUCUUCAUCGUGGAGUCGGUGUGCGUGGGCUGGUUCUCGCUGGAGUUCCUCCUGCGGUUCAUUCAGGCGCCCAGCAAGUUCACCUUCCUGCGGAGCCCCCUGACGCUGAUCGACCUGGUGGCCAUCCUGCCCUACUACAUCACGCUGCUGGUGGACGGCGCCGCCGCGGGCCGCCGCAAGCCCAGCGCGGGCAACAGCUACCUGGACAAGGUGGGGCUGGUGCUGCGCGUGCUGCGGGCGCUGCGCAUCCUGUACGUGAUGCGCCUGGCGCGCCACUCCCUGGGGCUGCAGACGCUGGGGCUCACGGCCCGCCGCUGCACCCGCGAGUUCGGGCUCCUGCUGCUCUUCCUCUGCGUGGCCAUCGCCCUCUUCGCGCCCCUGCUCUACGUCAUCGAGAAUGAGAUGGCCGACAGCCCCGAGUUCACCAGCAUCCCUGCCUGCUACUGGUGGGCCGUCAUCACCAUGACAACGGUGGGCUACGGCGACAUGGUCCCCAGGAGCACCCCGGGCCAGGUGGUGGCGCUGAGCAGCAUCCUGAGCGGCAUCCUGCUCAUGGCCUUCCCGGUCACCUCCAUCUUCCACACCUUCUCCCGCUCCUACCUGGAGCUCAAGCAGGAGCAGGAGAGGGUGAUGUUCCGGAGGGCACAGUUCCUCAUCAAAACCAAGUCACAGCUCAGCAUGUCCCAGGACAGUGACAUCUUGUUUGGAAGUGCCUCCUCGGACACCAGAGACAACAACUGAGCAUGGAGGACACCUGCCCUGCCUGCCCUCUGUGGCCCGAAGCCAUUGCCAUCCACUGCAGAUGCCUGGAGAGGGACAGGCCGCUUCCCUGUGCAGUCCUGGCGCAGCACCGACUCCCACAUGCCCGGGGAAGGACGCUCUCAAUCACACCCCGGGAAGGACACCCGCACAUCAGCAGAGGGGACUGCCCCUCCGCCUCCAGCUGUGAAGGGAAGCUGGGUCACCAGCCCAGCCCUGCCCACCCCAGCCCCUAUGUCUGUUUCCCUCAAUAAGGAGAUGGCUUGUUCUUUUCACCAUGCAAAUAACAUGCCCAGCAAAAACUUGCUUUAUGGGUCUGCCUGGAGAAAAAAAAUACAAACGGCAGCAGCAACA